UCGUAAGAAGUCCAAGAUUUGGACAACAACAGAGUAUCGAUCAAAUCUCACCAUCUAUCACUACCCCUCACUGCAUAUCGGUUCUUCUCUUUUCUAUCUGCUAGUCGCUGUCUUGUGGAAACAUAGUAUGGGCAGCUCUCCAUUUUAUUGAUUAUACCUACUCUUUGAGGUGCAGAUGGUCCAGAUUUCAGUGCAUCCCGUCGUGCAUGACGUCAGACCACCGGCACAGAAUUGGGCCUUGACACGCAAGCCGUACCAUGGUGCAACAAUGAUUUCAGGGACAGCAAUUCCCCGAAUUGGGACUCAUAGGUUAGAAUCAAUUGUAAUCUAAGUCAGCUAUCUUCCCUCGCUUCUCAUCUCAACCAACCUCGAUCAAUCAAAUUGAACAGUCAAGGAGCAAAAUAUGGCCUACCAGUCAAAGGACGCUUACCCUCGGCCUGACUUCGUUCAUACGAAUCACAGAUGGGCACCUAUUAAUGAUCAGUGGACAGUCCUUUUCGAUGAUAAAGAUGUCGGGCUGAAGGAGCUGUGGCAUAUAAAUGGCGUACCUGAUAAGGUUUCCGUAACCACCGUUUCGGCCUCCAGCAGCGCCGAUGCCGAGGCGGAAGCCCAGCGACUUGCCGCAUUUCCCGAGCUCAUUGCGAAAGGAUUUGAGGCCAGGAAAGAGAAAAUUCGUGAGAAUACUAAGAAGCCUAUAAACGUGCCUUUCACAUUUCAGACGCCAGCCUCAGGUCUCUAUGAAAAGGAUGCCCACGAGGUAUUGUGGUACGAACGGCCGGUCUCGGACCCCCGUGCCAAGGCCGAGGUCGAUGCUGGCGACCGUGUGCUUGCCCGUUUCGGUGCCGUUGAUUACAGCGUUACUCUCUGGCUGUCGGGAUACCUUGUCGGCAAGCACCGGGGUGGACAUGUCCCCUUCGAUGUUGACAUUACGGAUGUUCUAGAUAUUGUUCGACAAAGGACAGGGGAAAGCGAGCUACAGCUAGUUCUACGUGUGGUGGACUCGCCAUAUGAUCUUGGCCAGCCACGGGGGAAGCAAUACUGGGCGCCUCAGCCCGAAAGUAUAUUCUAUACUCCAUCGAGCGGCAUCUGGCAACCUGUCGUUCUGGAGGUAGUCCCGGCUACCCGCCUGGGCAAUAGUAGCGCGGGCACGGUACUGAAAUCAAACGAUAUUCAUGGUGGCGUUCUCGACGCGGAAGUGGCUGUUGUCGGACGACGAGCAGGUCACGCUUAUAGCGUCGAGAUCGAAGGAAGCCUCCAAGGUUAUUCAAUCGGAAAGAAGAGAGAAAGCCUACCCAAAGACAAAGACUUUACUUAUGUGAAACUCCCACUAGUACUAAGUGAAGAUCAAAAGCGGCGUGCACCACCGUCUCUAACUAGCGUGGCAUCUUAUGAUAACCCCGAUUUUUGGUACAAGGGCAAACUAGCCGUUUGGUCGCCAGAUUAUCCCACUCUUUACGACCUUGUUAUCCGAUUGUAUGAUUCGGAGGGUAAAGUCAUUGAUGAGGUCAAGACAUACACCGGGUUCCGACAUCUAGACUGGAACAAGGGCGACGGUACAUUCCGGCUCAAUGACAAACCGCUCUUCCAAGCACUAUGUCUCGACCAAGGCUAUUGGCCUGAGACGGGUCUAACACCGCCUAGUCAAGAAAGUCUAAAGGAGGACAUCGUGCUUGCGAAAAAGAUGGGAUUCAACGGAUGCCGGAAACACCAGAAAGUCGAGGACCCUGUAUUUCUGUACUGGGCUGAUAAGCUAGGAUAUCUGGUAUGGGGUGAAAUGGCAAAUGCUUAUGAGUUCAGCGCCGAGUAUAAGGAUCGAAUGAACCAAGAAUGGGCCGAAGCUGUGAAGCGUGACAUUAACCACCCCUCUGUCAUUACGUGGACUCCUGUGAAUGAGUCCUGGGGUUAUCCAAGUCUUAAGGAUAAUAUCGAGCAGCGCAACCAUGUUCGCUCACUAUAUUAUCUAACCAAGACUCUCGAUCCUACGCGACCUGUCAACGACAAUUGCGGUUGGGAGCAUGUGUUAACAGAUUUAAGUACGUUUCACGACUACUCAGACGCGCCAGCUCUUUCAGAAUCAUGCGCAACCCUUGAGAAAACACUUGAUCGAGCCUGGGCCGGGCGGCCGAUGUUCCUGGGACCCAUUGGGGAAGUCGACCCCGGUACCAAGCAUCGUCCUGGGGCUCCGGUCAUUUGCACCGAAUUCGCCGGCGUCAACAUUGCACCUACCGGCGCGAAAAGCGGGGAGAUUCAACCCCAAGGAGGAGGUGGUGAUUGGGGAUAUACAACAGCCAGUGACGCGAGUGACCUCCUGACGCGCAUUGACGCCCUCGUCAAGGCGGUUUGUCAGGGAAGCCAUGUGACUGGAUUCGUGUAUACCCAGCUAUCCGACAUUGAGCAAGAAGUCAACGGGGUAUAUUCCUUUGACAGGAAGGAGAAGAUCCCGGCUGCUGAGGUGAAGAGGAUAUUUGACACUGCGAAAAAGAGCUACCUUGAUAGCCUCCCAAGAGAAACUUAGUCUUUCAACUUCAUCUCUGGCUUAUCAGGCUACUAUACCUACUUAGUGGUAGAUAAAUGAAGUCAGCUUAUGGUAGUGUUGGGCAUGCAUGAACAUGAAUAGAUAGCUUUUUGUUCUUUAGAGAAUCUAGCAGACCAAUCCAAAUCGCGCAUUUCGGUUUCCAGACAAAAUUACUUGUGUUAACGUUUGCUAUUAGCAUCAUCAGCAUCAUUGAAGCAAGAGGCGAAAU